GCUCAAAAACGAAAAACCAUGGCUUCAUUCUUUCUCCUACUUGCAUUGAUAGCUUCUCUCUCUCCGAUCAUCGCCGCUGCAGGAAACUUCUAUAGAGAUGUCGAUGUUAGUUGGGGCGAUGGCCGAGGCAAGAUUCUUAACAAUGGGCAGCUACUCACAUUGUCACUUGAUAAAACCUCUGGCUCUGGGUUUCAGACUAAGAAUGAGUAUUUGUUCGGAAAUUUUGAUAUGCAGAUAAAAUUAGUCCCUGGAAACUCUGCAGGCACUGUCACGGCUUACUAUCUGUCGUCGCAAGGACCAACCCAUGAUGAGAUUGAUUUCGAGUUCCUUGGAAACCUUAGUGGAGAUCCUUAUAUUCUGCACACUAACGUGUUUACUCAAGGGAAGGGGAACAGGGAGCAGCAGUUCUAUCUCUGGUUUGAUCCAAGAGCUGAUUUUCAUACGUACUCUGUUCUGUGGAAUCCUAAACAAAUUAUCAUCUCUGUAGACGGAACUCCAAUCAGAGUGUUCAACAACAGGGAAUCAAUUGGUUUACCUUAUCCAAAGAACCAACCAAUGAGGCUCUACUCUAGCCUAUGGGAUGCUGAGGACUGGGCCACAAGAGGUGGGCUAGUAAAAACAGAUUGGACCAAAGCACCCUUCACUGCUUCCUUCAAAAAUUUCAACGCCAAUGCUUGUGUUGUGGCCUCUGGUUCUUCUUCAUGCAAGUCAUCCUCAAGCAAUAAUGCAUGGAUGUAUCAAGAGAUGGACUCCGCAAGCAUGAAGAAGUUGAGAUGGGUGCAGAAGAAUUAUAUGAUUUACAACUAUUGUACUGAUGUGAAGAGGUUUCCUCAAGGUCUCCCCCCUGAAUGCUCUGCAAAUUAAAACGAAAGCUGUGUAGUUGGUGUGUUAGUAGUGUUUGUAGAUAUGAAUAUGUUUAUUUCAUUUGAUUGUAUUUGUAAUAAAAUUCAAUUAUGUAGUUUCAUUUGUAAGGUUUGAUAUGUACAAAUAUACAAUCUUUGAUAAUAACGCACCAUUUUAGCAGUCA